AUUUUUUUUUUCCAUAAUUUUUUUUUUCAAAAGUAUCUAUUUUUUUUUUAAAUAAAGUGUUUGGGUAAACUUUUUUUUUUUUUUAAAAAAGUGUUUUAAAAUAGUAGAAACAGUUUUUCAUUAGUUAAAAGAGCAGUUUUUUGAAAAAGUUUUUUUUUUUUUAAAACUCUUUUGAGAAAAAUACAUUUUAAAAAGUUUGGCCAAAUAAAAAUUGUUAACUCAAAAGUAUUUUUUAUUUUUGUUGGCCAAACACAAAUUAUUUCUCAUCAAAUAUUUUUUUCAAAAAACAAUUCUAGAAAAAACACUUUUCAAAAUAAAUUUAUUUUAGAAACUUGACCAAACAGAUUAUAAACUCAUUUUAUAGCCAAACAGACUAUUAGUCAUAAAAAUAUAUCGUUUUUCUGUAUAAAAUUAUUUAACUGUAGUUAAAAUUAUUAUUUAAUCAUAAAAAUUUUAAAUUCAAUUUAUUUUGGAUGUUCACGGACAAGGGCUCUACUAAACCAAACGUUUAGAGAUAGAUUUUUAAAUAUUUUCCAUAAGCUAUUAUUUAAGAAGAUUUGGAUGAAGUUUCACUCUAUGUUUGACCAUAAGUUAUUAUUUAAGAAGAUUUGGAUGAAGUUUCAUUGUAUGUUUGACCAUAGUAUUUGAGAAACAUAUUUUACUUUUAAAAAUUCAUAAAAAGUAAAAUUUAAUUUAAAUAUUAAUAUUUUUUUUGUAUUUAUAAAUUCGACUUAUUUAUUAAAUAAUAUUUCCCCAUUUAGAAAAUAAUGAUGUACUUUAAAUUGACACAAAGUUUAAGAAAAUAAUUAUUUUUUUGAAUCUUGUGGCCUUAGAUUGAAGUUGUGUCAAAUGUAUCAAAAUGUCCUUUAAUCUUGUGGCUCUAAACAUGUCAUGUGGAAAGUUGAAAUUAAAGUAUUGUCAAAAAUGAAAAGGAAUCAUUCUUUCUGAAACGAAUUAAAAGAAAGUAAUCAUUCGUUUUGAAACAGAUGAAACGAAUUAAAAGAAAGUAAUCAUUCGUUUUGAAACAGAUACAGAGGAAGUAACUAAUUAUAUAAUCAAAUACUAUUUGCUAAUUUUUUCCUCAAAAACUACUUAUAAAAAUGUAUUGGCUAAAUGAAUCCUAAAUGAUUCUGUUGUUUUGGUUUAGCAAAACGGGAUUCUCAUUUCACUCCAACCCCGAGCAACCUCCUAAAACCCUACUCCCCGCUGUACAGCCUAAACCCUAACAAAUAUGUCUUGUUCCAUUUCCCUGCGCCUGCCGCGUCACCUCUCUACCGCUGCCACAGCCACCGCCUCUGCUUCUUCAACCAUCUCUAUCUCCAAAGCAAAAUCGAAGCUCAAAUCCGAGCACGAUCCAGACAAAGCCGUUAAAAUUUACUCUUCCGUUUCUAACCAUUACACUUCCCCUUUAUCCUCCCGUUAUGCUCAAGAAUACACGGUCAAACGUCUCGCUAAAUCUCACCGUUUCUCCGACAUCGAAAAAUUCCUCGAAUCUCAUAAAAAUGACAAAAAAAUAACCGAAGAACCCUUCCUUUCGUCGAUAAUUCGUUCCUAUGGGUUAUCUGGAAUGUUUGAUCAGGCUCUUCAAACUUAUCAUCAAAUGGACGAUUUAGGUACUCCUAGAUCAGCUGUUUCGUUCAACGUGCUUCUUUCCGCUUGUGUUAACUCGAAAUUAUAUGAUCGUGUUCCCCAGCUGUUUGAUGAAAUGCCUAAGAAACAUGGGUUCUUACCUGAUAAAGUUUCGUAUGGUGUGUUGAUUAGGUCAUAUUGUGAAAUGGGUAAACCUGAAUUGGCAAUGGAGAAACUUAAGGAGAUGGAAGAGAAAGGCGUUGAGAUUACUGUGGUUGCUCUCACAACGAUAUUGCAUUCGUUGUAUAAGGGAGGAAAGAGUGAUGAGGCUGAGAAGGUUUGGAAUGAGAUGGUGAAGAGAGGUUGUGGACCGGAUGUUGGUGCGUAUAAUGUGAAGAUUAUGAAUAUUCAGGGUGGAGAUCCUGAAGGAGUGAAGGGUUUAAUUGAGGAAAUGAGCAAUGUGGGUUUAAAACCCGAUACGAUUAGCUACAAUUACUUGAUGUCUUGUUAUUGUAGGAAUGGGAUGAUGGAUGAAGCUGAGAGAGUUUAUGAGGAUUUGGAGACAAAUGGGUGCAAUCCAAAUGCUUCAACUUUUAGAACUUUGAUAUUUUAUUUGUGUAAUAAUGAAAAGUUUGAGACAGGGUAUAAUAUGUUUAAGGAGAGUGUGAGAGCAAACAAGAUUCCGGAUGUCAAUACACUCAAGUAUUUGGUGCAUGGUUUGGUGAAGAGUUCAAGGGUGAAAGAAGCAAAACAAAUGAUCAGGACAAUGAAGAACAAGUUCCCUCCUAAUGUGGUGAAAGUUUGGACCAAGUUAGAGGACGAGCUUGGUUUGGCCAAAGUUGAAGCCAGUGAUAUCAAGUCUGAUUAGCUUAAUAAUAAUUUUCUUCGAGAUAGCUGGAAGUGUUGUAGACAGCUUUAUAACGGUUGAGGGAUUUUACAUGAUUGAAUUUUUGUCUGACAUAAAUAUGUGAUUUAGCACUUGGCGCUAACAUUUUCGAUGCCAUUUAAUUUUAAAAGCUAGUAUUGAUCUUUACAUGAAGUUUUGUAGUGCUUUUAAAGAAGUGCAAAUGUCCAAUUUUAUGGUCUGUUGCUUCA